AUGAGCGAAGCGCAAAAUCUGCGCGUCAAAUUCUUGCAGCAGUCGGCCUUCAACUUGUUCCUUAGCACACCGGCCACGUCCAGGCAGCUGAUGCGUGAGAGCCAGGCGCUGGGCCAUGAGGCCUCCUCGCAGCUUCCAAACCGUGGACAGCUUGUCUGUGCCGCUUGUGGUACCAUACUCCUGCCGCAGUGGACGAUGAAAAGCAAGAUCAGAGCGAAAAGGACAAGACGCGGUCGUAAGGGCCUCAACCACGAAAAAGUCACACGGCAAAAGGUCCGCUCUCAUUGUUGCUCACUAUGCGACAAUGUCACGAAGAAUGUCAUUGCCAUUGCAUCAAGUCCCAGAAAAGACAAGAAGCAACCGGCUGCGGCUGCUCCUGCUCAAUCGUCCCUUGAGAAUAUUAUGCGCGCUGAGCCGGUAUUGGAAAGCAACACCAAGUCCACCAGCAAGAAAAGAGCAAAGGCACGAAAAGAUCGAGAAGGUUUGCAAGCACUUCUCCAUAAGAGUGCACAGACGAAGACUCCUCCGAGCCUCAACCUCUUGGACCUGAUGAAGAAAUGA